AUGGGUGAAGCAAGGGAGCAAACGUUAAGAGAGCUUGCCAAACCAUAUUACACUCAACAACCGUUAUGUAUAGUAUAUCCAGAGACUACAGUACCAUUUGAAUUGAAACUCAGUUUAGUUCAUCUUUUAUCGAAUUUUCGAGGAUUGCUUUCAUCUGACAGGAGCAACAUUGAUGCAGCAGUCGGUGGAGCUUUAGCUGACAAAACGCUCACUGAAGCUAGCCAACUAAUAUCAACCAUGGUUGCUCAAGGAGGACUUCUCCAAAUAAAAACAUGUGGAGUGGUUGGACAUGCUUCCAAAGCUUGCCCACAAGGUCAACCUCAAGUUAAUGCAAUAGAAGGUUUCCAAAUGAAGUACGACCCCCAUGGGAAAGCUCCUGCUCAACCGGAGCAUGUAAAUGUAAGCGCAAUCAUUCUAAGAAGCGAUAAGGAAAUUCCUUCUUCUUCCAAAGUACCUAGCCCAGUUCAACCACCCAAGAAACCUGAAAAGGUAAUUGAUCAUGAUAACAAGAUAAAUGAAUAUGAGGAAUCCUCCAUCUUCCCAGAGGCAGCAUUCCUAGCUGCCAGUCGCAGGCUUGCCGCCCAAACCCGUUCUGUCCCCAGACCCACCGAAAGAACCCGGAGAAACCCCUUGGAGACGGUGGUUGUGGCGGAGGAAGCGAUAAAGGAUGGAGUAGUGGUGGUGGAAGAUGUGGUGGCUGAAGAAAAAGAUAAAGGGAAUGAUGUUUUGGUCCCGAAGACUCCGGAGACCAUCAUCAUCGCAGAAAUUUUUUAUAAACCUCCACAAAUGGAAGAAGAGGACCCUGACCUUGCGAUGAAGGAGAUUGCAGGGGGUGUGCUGCCAGAAGAGGCCAAGAAGGAAGAGUUGAAGGCAGCUGAGGCAGAGAAGGAAGCCAAAGCUAGAUUGAAAAAGGCAGUAGAGGCCGAGAAGGAAGACGAGAAGAAGAAGAAGAGAAAGGAAAAGAAGGCUGGAAAGGCAGAUUCUUCGCAUCAUCACAAGUCUAGAAAGAACAAAGAGAAAAAGAAUGAUGACGAAGAUAAAGAGGCCAAGAAAAAGAGGAGAGAGGAGAAAGAAGAGAGAAAGUUGCGCCGAAAGGAGAAUAGGCGCUUGAGAGAAGAAGAAAAAGAACAGCAGAGGGCUGCAAGCCUCGAGAAGGAUGGAGAGUCGACCUCCGUAAGGGAGGAUAGGGGGAAACAACACAAUUGA